AUGCCUCGAGGAUUUCUGGUGAAGAGAAACCGGCGAUGCUCGGCGUCGUACCGGCCGCGCAACAACGCCGGCAGCAGAGCCGCAGCACGCGACGGCGACAGGGACGGCGGCGACCACUCGGAGGCGGCGAGGGGCAACGGCGUGUCGAGGGUCUUCCCGUUGGAACGGCCCGACGGGCUGCUGCCGGGCCCCCGCGAGGACCCCGCCGUCGUCCGGGAGGCGUGGAGCCCGCACGUGGAGUCCGCGCUGGAGGCGGAGGCGGACCGGCGCGCGCAGUUACCGGAGAGCGAGGAGCAGGUGAGCGAGGUGGACGUUGUGACUCCGGACGGCGAUUUCGCCCGCUUCUUCGCGCCUCCUCCGCCGGCACGCGACUUGGCAAUCACCGAGUCUUGCAGCCCCGUGAAACCGGUCGGCACGCGACUGCUGGAGCGGCGCGAGGACGGAGAGACGCAACCGCUGUUCCCCGGCAGGUGCCUGACGUCAUCCCCGGUGUCGGAGCUACCGGCGGAGUUACCGGAGCUGCCGUUCCUGGUGAGCUCCACGCCAACCUCGGUGUCCGCUUCUAUCGAGAGGCUCCUCGCGAGCGGCAGCCGCCACCACGCGCCAGCCUACGGCCACAAAGACAAAUACGACCCGAAUAUGACUCACCUGCACCUGUUCCCGCCACUAACACUGAUGAACCAGGAGCAGUAUCACGCAGCGAGGAAACGCUCGUUCCUUGAACCGGACCAGCGCUUGAACGGCAACAGACACCACAAACAGUCCGCGGGCGGCCAGUCAAAGAAACCCAAGGUCAACCGGAAACUUAACUUCGAGGAUGAGGUCACGACCUCGCCGGUUUUGGGUCUGCGGAUCAAGAAGGAGAGCCCCGAGCUGCGGAGACAGCGCGAGAAGUCGUCGGCUCCCACCGGGAACCAGCCGCUGGGAGAAUUCAUCUGCCAGCUGUGUAAGGAGGAGUACCCCGACCCCUUCUCCCUCGCGCAGCACAAGUGCUCCCGCAUAGUGCGCGUGGAGUACCGGUGCCCCGAGUGCGAAAAAGUCUUCAGCUGCCCCGCCAACUUGGCCUCCCACCGCCGCUGGCACAAACCCCGCCCGGUGAACAACCACGGGGGGGAGGCUCCGACGAGCAAGAGCCAGCCGUUGAAGGAGGCACGGGGGCUCCUUCCGCACGAGAGGCAGCCGGUCGAGAUGGAGGGCAAAGAGAACGAGCUGCUGCGCAUCAACCCCAACCAGCACCACAGGGCGCUGGACAGCUCCCGCAUCAGGCGCGAACCGCCCCUGCUCCUGCUCCACGCGCGGUCCCGGGACAGCCCCGACGGCGACAGCCUGGCGCCUCCCCACUAUGACUCCCCGCCUCAUUACCGGAACCCGGGGGAGAGCUGUCUGGACCGGCAGCCACAGGUGAGAGCGGCGGACAGCCCACCGUCCGGCCUCCUCCUGCUGAACGGCAACCCAGACGAGCGCGGGGACCUGCCGCCGCCGCAGCAGCCGCAGCCGCAGCCGCCGUCACUCUCGCACCCUCCGUUGCCGUUUGUCCAGUCGUUACCGGAGGAGGAGACCUACGAGUGCCGGUACUGCGGGAAGAAAUUCCGCCGGCAGGCUUACCUCAGGAAGCACCUGGCCGCUCACGAGAUGACAGCGCGAGCGUCUCCGACCCAAUCGUCGUACGAGCAGGCGCGCGAGAGCGGCGGCGGGCAGAGCCAGGUGUUCCUGUGUCACCUGUGCGGCGCGCGCUUCCCGUCGGUUGAAAUCAGGGACAAGCACCGUCUGUGGCACGCGAUGAGGGACGAGCUACUGGCGGGAACGCUGGGAGGCGGACUCAGACCAGACGUGUUCCACGCGCACAGAGAAGAGAGCGGCGCCGGGGAAUGCGAGCAGCAGCAGCAGAUCUUCACGUGCAAGCACUGCCCGUCUACAUUCUUCAGCUCCCCGGGGCUCACGAGACACAUCAACAAGUCUCAUCCCACCGAGAACCGGCAGGUGAUGCUGCUGCAGAUGACCGUGAGACCGUAA